AUUACAGAUCAGCAAUUUGCCAUAGCGGACUCCAAUUCCAACAGCGUUACGAAAUCAUUUGUGCCGUGCAAAGUUUGUGGCGACAAAGCGUCCGGCUACCAUUAUGGUGUAACCUCGUGCGAGGGUUGUAAGGGUUUCUUUCGUCGCAGCAUACAAAAACAAAUUGAAUAUCGUUGCCUGCGUGAUGGUAAAUGUCUGGUGAUACGUUUGAAUCGAAAUCGUUGCCAAUAUUGUCGCUUCAAGAAAUGCCUCUCGGCGGGCAUGAGUCGAGACU